AUGGGACGUAAACGCAAAAAUGCAGUCUAUGCGUUCUUUUCAUUUUCAAAGGAAAAUAAUUCUUCUACCUGCCAAGUGCUUGGUUGCUCAGCCGUAGUAAAAGGUGAUCAUGGAACAAAUCUUAUGUAUCAUUUAUCAUCCAACCAUCCCACUGAAUACACAAUAGUUACUGAGCGGAACCGUUUGAUGAAAGAUGUUACAAAUAAAGAAAAUAAUAUUACUGAUCCGGCCGCCAGUACAAGCACAGGUGGUGUCACUGCUCCUUCUACCAAUAAAAUUAAUUAUUUAAAAAAUCAAUGUGUCAAUUUGGUAACAGUCCAUGGUAGACCAUUUUCAAUGAUUGACGACUUGGCUUUUAGAAAUAUUAUUUCUAUGAUUUCCAUCAAUUCGAGAGAAGCCCAAUCUUUAAAUUCUCAUUCUAUAAAGCAAUUUGUCUCGCAGAUAGCAGAAAAGAAAAGAGCUGAUAUAGCUGCAGAUAUUAGAGGGCGAAUGAUUUCUAUAAAAGUUGACAGCGCCACUAGGUUAGAUCGAUCAUUCUUUGCAGUGAAUACUCAAUAUAUUGUAGAUGGUUCUAUACAUAUAAAACAUUUAGGUGUUGUAGAGUUGCAUGCCAGGAGCACUGCAGAAUAUUUAAAAGAAAAACUACUAUAUAUUCUGAGAAAGUUUAAAAUUAAUAUAGAACAAAUUUACUCUAUCACGACGGACAAUGGUGCGAAUAUGGUCAAAAUGGUCCGUCUGUUGAACGAUGAAUUAAAUGACUCCGACUCGGAUGAAGAGUUUAACCAGGAUAUGGAGAUGGAACCCAUACAAAUAUCACUGCGAAGUGAUUCGGAUGAUACAGAGCAUGCAUAUUGUAUAACUUCGGUACGGUGCGCAGCACACACCUUGCAACUUGCUGUUAACGAUGCUAUAAAUGAAGAUGAGUCCAAAUGUAUAGUGGAAGAAGCUCGUGCUAUUGUUCGGAAACUUAGAACCCCUACAAUGAAAAAUAUUCUUCAAAUAGCAAAAAAAAAUAAACCUAUUCUAGACAUAACUACGCGUUGGCAUUCAACAUUAGACAUGUUAGAAAGACUAAUUGAAUUAAGAGAGUAUUGUUCAAGUAACCCCGGUGAAAUUUUAUUUGUCGCUCCAACCACCUGGGAUGCUUUACAUGACUUGAUUAAUGCACUGAAACCAGCUAAAGUAUUGACCAAACUAUUACAAGAAGAGCAAUUAACUCUUGGAGACUUUUACUACCACUGGUCCAGAUGUUAUUUGGAGACAUCGCACGUGCAGGUACCGCUAGCACAACUAAUCUGCAGUCACAUGAAAAUAAGACAAAUGCAGCUUAUGCAUAACUCUACCUUUGUUGGCGCUUUAUAUCUAGAUCCUAGAUUUCAGGUCGUGCUGUCAGCCGAGGAAGAACUUUUAGCCAUUAGACAUCUUAAUGAGACUUGGUUGCAAAUAUUAAAAGUAGAGGCAGAUGUCAUGCAAACAGAAAGUGAUAAUCAAGAUACAUUUCAAGCUGUUCCCGUUGUUGUAGAUGAAAUGGAAUCGAUUCUAUCUCAAACCGAACAAUUAAAAAGAUGUUCUCAGCGUGAGCACUAUAUCCAGACUCGCGCAAAUAUAAGGGCUAUUUUGGAGAAUUUUUCUGCUCAUCCGCGAUUACCUUCCAAACAAAACAUUAUACAGUUUUGGAAAAGUAAAGAAUUGAGCGAGCCGCAAUUGUAUCGCUUGGCAAAUACAGUUAUAGCUACCCCAGCCACACAAGUUACUGUAGAGCGCUUUUUUUCAUCAUUAAAAUUCAUAUUAAAUGAUUUGCGUUAUAAUUUAAGUAACAAUAUAGUCGAGGACAUUUUAAUUAUAAGAAACAACAGUUAA